AUGAUGAAGAAACUGAUCCAUCUACCUCAUGAAUGUCCAAAUAGGCUCGGUUACAUCCCCCUGAGAUGUGACGACCCAAACGUUCUUCUUGAGAAGGAAAGGGAAAACCAAUGUAAAUUUGACCCAUGUGGCUGCUCUAACUGUAACCCAGACCAGCAUUCAGUAAUUGUUCAAAACCUCAAGAAUCUUACGGUCAAUAAUAUUACCGGUUUUUUGGAGUGUCCAGUGGACUUACCUAGCCAUCUGGAUGAAAACUCUUCAAGUGUUGCCUUGCUUGAUCCAACUACUGCCACUUGUCCAGUCACCGAGAUGAUACGCCUGUCUUCUACCAAAAAUAAGCUGGUGCCAGGAUUGGAAGCCUUUGCGACUCACUUGUUUGAGCGCCUUCGAGAGUUCUUUCAAUCAAAAUACAAUGAGGAAGAUUGCUACUUUGCGCCCGAAGAAGUUUUCAGUAUUCGAGAUGCACGUGCUGCUGUCCUGGCCACUGAAAAAGGAUUCCAGAAGGAUCGCCUGGAGGUUAUUGUUGGAAAUUUGAUACCAAGUCAGAUCGAGUUCUUACAUGUCUGCAUAGAAGAAUACCGUGGUACCAAUGCAUACAAAGAAUAUACUCGCCUUCAAAGCACCAACAAGUCGAAAAAAUCCAAACAGCAAUCACUCAUAUUGUCCAACCAGGUUUCCAACUCAGUACAGCAUCUCGAUCCACUGUUAUUUGAAUCAUCAUUGUCUGCUUUGCAACAAGCUCCAAGAAAGACAAAAAGGCAACAAGCCGCUGAAGAGAUUAAAAAGAGGACGGCUGCCAAGCGCGAAGUCAAAAAAGCUCAAAAUGCCAUUGAUGAGAAAAAGAAAAGAGAAGAAGCUAUAAAAAAGGCCAAUUUGAGGGCAAAAAAGAAGGAAGAGGAGGAUAAAGCUAAGGAGGAGCGCAAUCACCGGUCGGCCAAACGAAAGUCCAACAAGGAUGCCAAUGAGGCCCAUCAGGCAAAGCGGAGUAGGCGAACGCAACAAGAUCUGCAAGAGUUUCACUUGAGUACAACCUAG